AACCACGCUCUCACCAAGCUCUAAGAAACAUAUGGUUCUCAGAACGUUAUGUGCUACCUGGGUAGGGACUUAAAAACAAAAAUCCAAUCUUAUUUCUCAAUAAGAAAUCACAAAAGGCCAAAAUACUGAAAAAAAAUCAUUUUAUCCUGCCAUUAGUUUAAACAGCACUGAUCUGAUUUCCCAAACAUAUUUGAUGUAUUAGGAGAGAUUGUUCUCACUGUUAUUGCUGACCUGAACUGCACAUGAUGUAUGUUUGAAGGGUCCCUUGUAGUACUUUACAUUGACAAACUAUACAUCUUUUGUUUUUACUUAUAGUUGUAUGUAGCCCAAAUGUUACAACACGUUUUCCUAUUUUGUUGUGACGCUAUUUAUAGAUACUGUGGACAGUCGGCCUGCUAUAGGCUACGACAGCGAAAUUAGUCAUUACAUGUUUUAAUGUUUUAACAGAUUAGGGAUGCCAGAUUAUGGAGGCUACUUUUUCUUAUGAAAAUUCGUCAUGAGUAAGGUAGCUUUUGUAAAUAAUUAUAGAUCGUUCAUAAAUCACUAUGUUGAAGAACUUUUAUCUUUCGAUAAAUGCACAAGUUUAAAAAUAUAUAUAUUUUAGUAACUCGAAUGUGACCGAUUAUUAUACAGUGAAAUUCUCUCAAUUCGAAGGGCUUUAUUGACAUGGGAAACAUGUUUCCCCUUAACAAAGAAAGUGAAAUAGAUCACACAAUUUAAAUAAAAAAUGAACAGUAAACAUUACACUUAAAAAAGUUUCAAAGGAAUAGAGAGACAUUUCAAAUGCCAUUAUGGCUGUGUCUCUCUCCCUCUCUUUUCGCGAGGGUGCAUGCAUGUGUAUGUAGAGAGCGAGAAGGCGCAAGGUGUUGCAGUUGCACUUGGUUGUGCAAUCCGACACGCCUGAACGGAAUUGUUUAUUGCGCAUAGCCAGUAUUUCCAUUUUUUUUUUGCCGCGUACGGGUGAAGUCGCUACCAGUCCAGUAGACUAUUUAGGGAUGAGUACAUUAUGCUCUUCCGCGGAUAUAUUGAACAGUUGGAACUGCUUACGUUCUAACUUGUCUUUUAUUCUGAUUUAAAGUAUUAUUGUCAGUGAUGUAUACAUUUAAGAGCAUCUCUUGAAACUCACUAGGCAAUUCAUGUAAUAUUUUCAGUUUUCUAACGGUAGAGCAGGCGUGUGUCGAAUGAAAGGAGUUAAAUGAAUUAUUUGGACAGUUCCAUGGUGCUGAAAGGAUUGCUCAUAUUUCACUAAGCAGCCAUGGGUUCCCUAGUUUGGGAUAGGCGUCUUUCAUGUCUUCUUCUCCUGUCAUCUUUUCUUCUGCUGCUCAGCAAGGGGGAGAGGAUGUGCCCAGCAAGUUGUCGCUGUGAAGGGAAGAUUGUUUAUUGCGAGUCUGGCAUCUUUCAAGACAUCCCAGAAAACAUCUCUACUGGAUGCCAGGGUCUGUCCCUGCGCUACAACAGCCUACUGACUCUGCUGCCUUACCAAUUCGCUCAUCUCAACCAGCUCAUCUGGCUUUACCUGGACCACAAUUCCAUCACCGCUAUAGAUAGCUUAGCCUUUCAGGGUGUGCGUAGGCUCAAAGAUCUGAUUCUCAGCUCUAACAAAAUUACACUUCUACAAAAUAAGACUUUCAAUGCUGUACCAAACCUGCGCAAUCUUGAUUUGUCCUACAACCAGCUACAUUCUCUGCAGCCAGGUCAUUUCUAUGGUCUGCGUAAGCUCCAAAACCUUCACCUACGAUCCAAUGGUCUCAACAGGAUACCUGUACGCACUUUCCUGGAGUGUCGCAAUCUGGAAUUCCUGGACCUGGGUUACAAUUACCUACGCACCCUUACCCGCACCACCUUCUUGGGGCUGUUCAAGUUGAAAGAGCUACACUUGGAGCAUAAUCAAUUUUCAAGGAUAAUUUUUUUUAUUUUCCCACGCCUUAACAAUCUACAGGUCCUCUACUUGCAAUGGAACCGCAUACGAGCCAUCAAUCAGGGCCUGCCUUGGAUCUGGCAUACACUGCAAAAAUUAGACCUCUCAGGAAAUGACAUCCAGAUCUUGGACCCAGCUGUUUUCCAGUGUAUGCCAAACUUACAGAUACUCAAUCUUGAAUCCAACAAGCUGAGCAAUGUGUCUCAGGACACGGUUUCAGCCUGGGUCUCCAUUAAUACCAUCAGCCUGGUGGGUAACGCCUGGGACUGCAGCCCUACUAUUUGCCCACUGGUGACCUGGCUGAAGAACUUCAGAGGCUCAAAGGACAUCAACAUGAUAUGCAGCAGCCCCAAGUCAGUUCAGGGAGACAGAGUAAUCGACAUAGUGAGGAACUACACAAUCUGUGUGGACAUAUCAGUUGUAGACCAAACCACAGCUAUGAUCAUGAGGCAAACCACAGCCUUAGCUGUGGACACCAAAAAGCCCACCACACCUCUCUCUGCCACGACGACAAUAACCCAAGGUCUACCUGCAUCAACUGUACAAAGACUCGCUCCACAACCUGUCUCUCCCAUUGUGACAGACAAAGACACAACAGAGUUCAUACUCAUGACCUCCAUCUCUCCAGAAUCCUCCUCAUUUUUCCCAGAACUAGAGUUUGAGCAUAUGGCCUUCCAUAAAAUCAUUGCAGGCAGUGUAGCCCUAUUUCUGUCUGUGUCAUUGAUCCUGCUGGUAAUUUAUGUCUCGUGGAGGCGCUACCCCAAUAGCAUGAGGCAGCUGCAGCAGCACUCAGUCAACCACAAACGCAGAAAAAAGGCCCGGAAGCAGGAGCUUAACCUUAACUCUCAGUUGCAAGAGUAUUAUUUGACUUACCAUUCAAACUCUGAGACCAUGGAUGCAUUGGUAAAUGAGACGAGGUCCUGCCCCUGCACGAUCUCAGGAUCCAGAGAAUGUGAGGUAUGAUCUGUCAAGUCCAUCCUAAAAACGCACUCUGCCUGGGGGUCAGAGGUAAAUGUUUUCCACAGGGAUGCACUGUAAACCUCUUUAGUGAAUGGAGACUGAGUUAAACUUCCAUCCUCUGACUCUGUUCUUACUGUUGUUUUAAAUUAAAGUUAUCCAUCCUAAAAAUGCACUUUACAGCUGCUUGGGAGUCAGAGCUAAAUGUUUUCCACAGGGAUGCACUGUACAGAUCACCGUGUGCAUGGUGACUGACUACUAACAUCCCCUGUUUGACUCUUGUUAUUGUUGUUUUAAAUUAACGUUAUCACAUUAAGGACAAAUUGAUUGGAUGAAUUAAUCCUGUUUGUGAAUAUAAACCUAAACCUACUUUCUUUCAGCAGGAAAAUAAUCCUGCAGCAACAGGAAAUUUGUGGAUUAUAGUUAAUGGCCAUUUUUGUAGGGGUUGAUACAUUUUUCCUUAGGGCAAACCAAGUUGUAAGCUAGUAAUAAUAAACUUUAGAAGCCUUUUUAAGCCUUGAAUAUACUAGAAAUGUGCAUUUCCUGCAGUGCAGGAAAAUUGUCAGCAACAAAAGAGGGAUAAAAUUGAGAUGGCACAUCUGUAUCUGCUGUUGAUUACAAAUUACCCCACUUUUCACUUUUCUUAUCCUUGAGUAAUAUUGAGAUCUUCGUGUUCAUACAAGUAACUGAUAGACUUUAUGUGUAGUCUUUUCCAAUAUUUAGCUCUUAUUUGUUUUAUGGAAUUAUGAUAACUGUAUGUGAAAUUGAAUUAUGUCAUUAAACUUGUGAAUGGUAGUUGCUAAA